UUAUAUGAUUAACAUUUGAAGAUAAAUUUACAAUAUUUACAUGAUUUUUAGAUAUAUAUACAAUUAAGACCAGGGUGUCAUAAGUAUGGCGGAGAAAAAGAACGAAUAUCCAGCGAGCGUGGAGGCCGACCGGCGGCUGUUGGAAUUUGAAACAUGGGAGGAUUAUUUAGAUUCACUCAUUGAAAUUGCUGACCUGCGGAACCUCAGAAGUAUACCCUCGGCCCGAACUAUCGCAGCAUUUGGUUAUAGGGCAAACGGUGACACAUUGCAAGAGAAAGAAUUCUACAAACGUCGGAAAGUUAUACAUGGUAUAGUCUACCCGACUGUGAAGCCUUAUGUACUGGUCAGUGAGGGUGCUGAUGAAGGUGAUGCAUUUAGUAGAGAACUGGCUGUAAGGGAGAGGGCAAAUAGAGUUGGAAUUCUUCAGUCGAUAAUUUUCAUUCGUCACUUCACUAAAGGCGGUUUUGAAAUUUCCGGCUACAUAGAUUACGCACAUCGGCUUAUUGUGGAAAAUUGGGCUCCAUUUUUUAAAGGAAACAAAAUGUUAUUGCCACGGGACAGUGAUCUUGGCUACUAUCAUUGGAGGCAUGGCACUGUGCGAAGCAAUAUCAGCAGGAAUUAUAAGCCCGUUAUGGACCCAGACCGUGGCCUUCUAUUCCAAAACCGUCAUGACCACAAAAUAAUCUGCCCAGACCCACAACAAGAUCCAGGCCAAAACACAAGCAAGCAACGAAUAUAUUCGCCUAAAUACACACACAUUGAAAUAUACGACCACGUCGUAAGGCGAAAGAGCUGAGUUAUAAUAUUUUAUUAUCAUAAUUCAUAUAUCCAUAUCAAAGGAAUAAGUUUGUAUGAUAUUCGAAAUUUGCUAUCAAAAAUAACAAAUAAAAACAAAAUAUUGUUGUUUUAUUCGCGAUGUUCACACGAUUGAGUUCACACACCUUUGCGUGAACUAUACGUGAAAUCGAGUAGUUAAUAGCGCAGCGUUUUGUGGAUUUAUUUGUUACGGAACACGAACCAUCGAAAAUAUUAGGCAUACAAUAUUUAGGUUCUAUUGAGCUGUCAUGAUAUGACAUUAUAGUAAUUAUGUCAGAUAACUACACUUAGACUAUCUGAAACUGUGCUGAGGACUCUUGACAUUUAAACAAUAUUUUGGCGUGAUUAAAAGACAUUUUAUA